AUGCGUGUCCGUGGAGAAGAUUGUCUAUGUGACAAAAAAUUUGGUGUCUAUUUCUUCCUUCUUCUUAUACAUAAUUUGAAUUUGAAUUUGCUUGUUUUCGUAAAUCAGCUUCUGGAAGUGGUUCAUGAUGUAGACCUUCAAAAGCUGCCGGUGAGAUUCGCAAUGGACAGGGCGGGCCUAGUGGGGGCAGACGGUCCAACCCAUUCGGGUGCCUUUGACACUACUUUCAUGGCAUGUUUACCAAACAUGGUGGUCAUGGCUCCUUCGGAUGAGACUGAGCUGAUGCACAUGGUGGCCACGGCAGCCGCCAUCGAUGACCGGCCGUCUUGCUUCAGGUACCCGAGAGGAAAUGGCAUUGGUUCAGUGAUUCCUCCGAAUAACAAAGGAGUAGCAUUGGAGAUUGGCAAGGGGAGAAUCCUGAGGGAGGGAAGUCAUGUGGCUAUUUUGGGUUUUGGAACAAUUGUACAAAACUGCUUGGCUGCUGCAGACCUCCUGAAAGUGCUCGGAAUCUCAGCAACCGUCGCCGACGCCAGAUUCUGCAAGCCGCUCGAUGGCGAGUUGAUCAGAGAGUUGACCGAAGAGCAUGAGAUACUCAUCACUGUUGAAGAAGGUUCCAUUGGAGGAUUCAGUUCCCAUGUUUCCCAUUUCUUGGCUUUGAAUGGAUUGCUGGACGGAAAGGUCAAGUGGAGGCCGAUGAUGCUGCCUGACCGGUACAUCGAGCAUGGAUCACAGAAGGAUCAGAUUGAACAGGCAGGACUGAGUUCGAAGCAUAUCGCAGCGACUGUUUGUUCAUUAUUGUCAGGUGGUCAUAUGGAUAAUCUUCAGCUUAUGAGCUUAGAGACGAACAAUGCACUGUGAAUUAUCUACUUGGCCAUUUUCAAUUCGUUAAUUGCAGCAAAAUAUUGCUAAAAAUAACAGCGACGAAUUUAUAUUCAUUUUCUAAGAUUUGUGUGAAACAGUUUGAAUUAAAUUCGUGUUGUUGUAAAAUCAAUAUAUAUUAUUACUACGUACUGUAAACGCCAUGGCUGUGGUUUACUUAUGUAAUUAACAACUAUAAUUAAUGAUAAAGGGAAUGAAGAUGUCACUCCUCACUUCAUCCCAAUGCUUUUGUUUUU